AUCGAAUCUAGACAGUGGUCGGAUAUCGCCUACAAUUUCCUCGUCGGAGGCGACGGUCUCGCAUACGUUGGCAGAAGUUGGGACUACGUCGGCGCCCAUUCCUUCGGUUUUAACAGCAAGAGUAUCGGCAUUUCCUUUAUUGGUACAUUCAACACAGUCGUACCACCGGAAGUGCAAUUACAUGCCGCGCAAAAAAUUAUAGAAAUCGGUGUUAAAGCCGGGAAAAUUGCACCUGACUAUAAACUAUUGGGUCAUCGACAAGUUUCGAAAACUCUGAGUCCAGGAGAUGCUUUAUAUGAUGAAAUUAAAAAGUGGCCCCAUUGGUCACCCCAGCCAUGA